ACUCAAUGUUUUUGUCAGUCAAUCAUCUAAUUACUUUUGAGCCUGUAACAAAUGGCUGUAAUUUCUGACUGGUUAAAGUAAUAUUUCUGUGAAUAGUUCUGUUAAACACCUUUAAUUAAAGAUGUUGAAAGGUCUACACUUCAGUUAGAAUUUAAUUGCCUUCUUUUCCAAACAUGGUGGUGGUAUACAAAGGCAAAAAUAUGUAUGCCCCUGACUGUCUAUUUUUAGUAGAAAAACUUCCAGGGCAAAAAGAUUUUUGUUGUUGUUGUAAUAUUCAGCUGUUUUACAGAAAUCAGUCAAUGGAUUUUCCCAGGUCACUACAUAUGUAUCUGUUCAUUUUGCUUUGCAAGUUGGAAAGGUUUCAGAUUGUUAGUCUGGAAUGUUUUAUAUAUCCUUUCCAGAAGAAUCCCCAAAACCUGAAAUCCAUAUUAACGGUGGUUUUCUGUUUUUGUUUCUUUGUUGUUGUGUUUUCCAGUUGUUUGUCCCUGAUUCUCCCAGUGCUAUAAACCAGACCCAGCCGAAAAAGCCAUCCAACAAUUUUAUUCUCUGCAGCUCGUCCUGUUUUUCUCUCUCUUUGUCUCUGUCGCUUUCUUUCAUUCUCUUUCAAUAAAAUGUUGAUUACAGAUUCACCCCCUGGAUUCUCACAACAUCCACUAUUUCGUUAUUUUCUUUCUUUCUCAUUAUUAUAAAAAGUGGGCUUUUGCUGGCAGGUCACUCUCAUGCUUGUUUUCAUCUCCUGCUGGUGUUUCUUACUGCUCCUCACACACAUUCACACACAGAAGUCAUUUCAAGUAGCUAUUAAAUGGAUGCCAGCAAAAACCCCUUUUGAAACAAAAGUCGGCUGUAUUUUUGUAAUUUCCAGUACCUAGUGUAAGUCAGCCCAUUAAUAAUGCAAGUGUCCUUUGAUGUUGAUCCCGAAAUCAUAAACUCUGUUUUGUCUAUUUUGAUGUUUCUGUGUGCUUUGUAGCGAAGCGGUCGACGCGAGUCGCUUGUUCAUAAAACAGCUAAUGAAAAUUGAAAGCAGCAUCCCCUGGACAACCGGCUGUGUGCUUGCUUACAUUUGGUUCAUGACUUAGAAAAGUUCAGGAGUGAUCCCUGAUGAGUCCAAAGCCCUGUCGCUGAUGGCUCCAGCCAACGCCGUGGCAGGAAUGUUGCCAGGCGGCGGACUUCUUCCCACACCCACUCCAGUGCCAUCUAUUGGUGGAGUUCCUCUUGGCUCUCUGGCUGGACCUGGCAUGGAUGCUAUGGCAGCUUUAGGCAUUCCUGGACCCAAUAUGAACCCUCAGUCGUUGUCGGCGGAGCAGAUUAUGAAACUCAUGGCGUCAAUGGAUCCCAAGUUAAAUCCCUUGGCUGCUGGAUUAAACCUAAAUGCCGGACUCAAGGCGGAUGCGUCCAACAAGGAGAUUGAGGAAGCCAUGAAGAGGGUGAGAGAGGCCCAGUCUCUCAUCUCUGCUGCCAUCGAGCCUGGAAAUAAGAAGGAUGACAAGAGGAAACAUUCAAGGUCAAGUUCGAGGUCACGCAAGAAGAGAUCCAGGUCUCGCUCCAAAUACAGGCGUUCCAAGAGCCGGUCACGGCGACGGUCCCGCUCCAGAAGCAAGAGGAGAUCCAAGAGCCCUCGCAGGAGGAGAUCUCAUUCUAAAGACAAACGGAGGCGCUCCAGGUCGAGGGACCGGAGGAAGCGCUCGAAAACACCACCGAAGAGCUACAGCAGCAGCAGACGCUCGCGCAGCAGCAGCCGCAAGCGCCACAGAAAGAGCCGCAGCGCCUCCCACUCGCCGAAAAAGUCCAGAUCUCCAAAGCGGAGGCUCUCCAGAUCCCCUUCUCCCAGGAGGCAUAAGAAGGAAAAGAAGAAGGACAAGGAACGGGAAAGAGAGCGGGACAGAAAAGAAGACCAGAACCGAGACAAGAGAGAACGUUCCACCAGCAAGAAGAGCAAAGACAAGGAGAAGGAGCGAGACAGGAAGCCAGACGGCGAGAAGAGCGACGUGAAGGUGAUCCGGGAUUACGAUGAAGAAGAGCAAGGCUACGACAGCGAGCACGAGGAAGAGCGGGAAAGGAGCCCGGAUAUGGCGCCGUCUCCGCGCACCGACAACACUAGGAGAGGAGGGUCAGACCAGCACAGCGACGAUCAGCAGCAGGACGAAGACAUGGACAUGAGUGACUGAAGGCAUGCACAGGAGCGGCACGUGAUUCUGUCACAUAAUCUUUUAGAAACCUGCUCAUGUAACAUUUAUGAUUCUUAAAUGAAAAGUGAUAUAGUUUGGCCAAAAUCGAUUUCAUUUUUCUCUUAAAGCAAAUGUCGUCCGUUAGACCAGACGUGUUCAGUGUCUACGGUUUGCUCCGUUAGUUUUCUACUGGAAUGAGACAAACGAUGCGUUUUGAGUUGUGUGUGUGUGUGUUUCUAUGUGUGUGUGAAA